UGCCUCCUCUGAGCAUGCCAGCAGCAGCAGCAACAGCAACGCACCCUUAGCGCUGCCUUGUGCUUUCCCUCUGAGUGAUUGUAUGGAUUGGGCCUGGAAAGAGAGGACAAAGUGAGCAGGCAGACAUGCUGUGGAGGAGAGGGCCCACUGAAAGUGCCUUACCUGAAACCUAGAGCUGCCCCAGUAGAGAGCUUUAGGAGAGCAAACUGGGCUAGUGGGUGGCUACUGCCAGGAUCAGAUUAUGGUCUCUCCUUGGCAACGAGUGCCCAUUCAUACCCUAGUCAAGGGGUGGGGAAAUCUGUAGCCCACCAUAUGUUGUUGGAUUUCAACUCCCAGCAGCCCCAGCCAGCAUGGCCAAAGACCAGGGAUGAUGGGAGUUGUAGUCCAGCAAAGAUGUCUAUGGCCACAGGCUCCCCAGCCCUGCUGUAGGCAUUGCGUGGUGGAACUGAAGCUGCUGAGGUACGGUUGUUCUGCUGCUGAGCUGGGAGGAAGGGGAAGUCCAGUGGAGGCUGAGGGCUCUGGAAGCACGCAGAAAGCUCUCACAGGAAGUCUGAGGUGCAGCACAGCACACUCUGCUUCCCUCUGGGAGUCCAAAAUAGAAAAUAUAGAAGUGGUUGUGGGAUUUCCACACAGACAAGGCUGCAAUGAGAUAUAUAGACAGAGCUGAGCUGCCUGCAGCAGCAGCAGUGACACGUGCCCUCUUCACUCACUCAAGCCCUUCAGAGAGGACCUGUUUGAGGACAGAGGGCUCUCUCUGAAGCAGGUCUGCUGGCCAUGGGCAACCUGAUAAAGGUAUUGGGCAAAGAUUUAGAAAACUGUCCUCAUUUUUUCCUGGAUUUUGAAAAUGCACAGCCCACAGAAGCCGAGACAGCUGUGUGGAACCAGGUGAACGCUGUCCUAGAGGAGGCGCAGACCAUUCUGGCGGAACUGCAGUCCUACACCGGAGCUGGGCAAGAGAUCAGAGAGGCCAUCCAAAACCCCAGUGACUUGCAGCUCCAAGAAAAGGCAUGGAACGCCGUGUGUCCCCUUGUGGCAAAGCUGAAGCGUUUCUAUGAGUUUUCCCUUAGACUUGAGAAUGCCUUGCGGAGCUUGCUGGAAGCUCUCACCAGCCCACCUUACGCCCCGACUCAGCACCUGGAGAGGGAACAGGCUCUCGCCAAACAGUUUGCAGAAAUCUUACACUUCACCCUCAGUUUUGACGAGCUCAAGAUGACCAACCCUGCCAUCCAGAAUGAUUUUAGCUACUAUAGAAGAACUAUCAGUCGAAACAGGAUCAACAACCUGCAGUUAGACGCUGAGAGUGAGGUGAACAACGAAAUGGCCAACCGGAUGUCCCUCUUCUACGCAGAGGCCACCCCGAUGCUGAAGACUCUCAGCAAUGCCACGACCAAAUUUGUUUCAGAGAACAAAACUCUUCCCAUUGAGGACACGACUGACUGUUUGAGCACCAUGGCCUGUGUCUGCCGGGUGAUGCUGGAAACACCGGAAUACCGGAGCCGCUUCACCAACACCGAAACUCUCCUUUUCUGCAUGCGGGUGAUGGUGGGGGUCAUCAUUCUUUAUGACCAUGUCCAUCCUGUGGGGGCUUUCGCCAAGACCUCCAAAAUUGACAUGAAAGGAUGUAUCAAGGUCUUGAAAGACCAGCCUUCCAACAGCACAGAAGGCCUUCUGAAUGCACUGAGGUACACCACCCGGCACCUCAAUGAUGACACCACAUCCAAGCAGAUCCGGGCCUUGCUGCAAUGAGCACCCCCUGCAGUCGAGGGGUGGGUGGCAUUCACCAGAGACCCAGAAGGGGAUUUCUCCAUGGAACCUUCAGCAGAAAUUUUAAUGUUGACAUAUUGCUAUAAAUAACCAUUGGCCAUCAUAUUCGUCAUUUUGUAAAAGAAGAAGAAGAAGAAGAAGAAGAAGAAGAAGAAGAAGAAGAAGAAGAAGAAGAAGAAGAAGAAGAAAGAAG